AGUGCCUCAGCUGAGGUGCGCACUGAGCGCGCCGCUCGGCCCGCCCGGACUCCGCAGUGUCGGUUACCCGUGCCGUCGCCGCGGCUGCUCGCUCCCGACACCACGUCCCGCCGCAGACUUUCCGGACCCGGGGAAGAACCGGCGCUGAGCCGGGAGACGCCAAAAAAGCCAUGGCCGAGUCCAACCCGCUGCGGGGGUUCCCCCGUCUGCGCCGGGCCGCGACCUCAUUUCCGGGCAACCUGCAUUUGGUGUUGGUGCUCCAGCCCGGCAGCUUGUUAGGCUCUGCCCCCAGUCCGUCCUCGGGCACUGACCUGGGCUUUCGCUUCAGCCAGGAUGACUUCCUGCUAAAGAUGCCGGUGGUGAUGCUGCGUUCUGUUGGCGAACUUCUGCGCUACAUCGACGAAAACCACCUGACGUCGGACUUCACUGCGAAAGUGGAGUAUUGCCAAAGUGACUGGGUCGUCCUCCGCACGUCCAUUGAGACCUUUGCGGUGACAGUGAAGGAGAUCGCCCAGCUGCUGCAGGGCUUUGGAUCGGAACUGUCUGAGACCGACAUUCCAGAUGAAGCUAAUGCCGUCGAGUUCCUGCUGCACUCACACACGCACCGAUACCGGCAGAUGAAGGAGGACAUCCGCAGUGUGCUGAAGGAAGGACGCCUGCUGCUGUCCAACCUGGACACUGUCAAGGCCUCCAAGAGAGACGCGGAGGAGGAGAGGGAAAUACAGGCAGAUAUGGCCACUGUUCAGAGGCUCCUGACUCAGCUCAGGGACAUGGAGGAGGCGUUUGACGGCUUCUUCGAGAAACACCACCUGAAGCUGCAGCAGUACACGCAGCUGCUGCAAUAUGAAAUAAGUUUCCAGCAGAUGGACGAGGUGAUGGAGCGGCUCUCUGCCAUGGAGAAGGGGAUUGCCUCUGUGGGGACCACGUUGGUUGAAACAGAACAACUACUGAAAGACCUGGAGACGCUGGACAAACAUGCUCAGGAGGAGAUGGCUCGUGCCCAGGUGGUGAUCCUGCACGGCCACCAGUUGGCCGCCAACCACCACUACGCCCUGGCGCUCAUCGUCCAGCACUGCAACGAGCUGCGACAUCACUGCGACAUCAUCACUGCCGCCAUACGCACCAAGCGGGCCUCGCUCACUCGAGCACGAGACCUGCUGCACCGCCUGGAAGACGCGCUGCGUUGGUGUGAUGAGGGAGCCUAUCUGCUGGCGAGUCAGAUGGUGGACAGGUUCCAAACUAGAGAGGGAGCUCAGGAGGCGCUGCAGUACCUGAGCAUUCACCAGGAGAGGGCGCCAUCCGCACUGAAAAACAGCCAGGACACUCUGAGCCUGGAGUUCGAAGCCACACUAACCCCACAGCUGCAGUCUCACAUUUCCAUGGUAACAGAGAAGCUGAACUCGGUGCAGUCCAUGAUCAGGAACAGAGAGCGGUGUCUGAGGAAGCUGGCGGAUGUGCAGGUCAGACCCAUCCAGCUGGUGGCACCGAGGCCCGAACCGGACCAGACCUGGCAGCGCUGCAAGUCACCCCUCUUCUCCCCCAAGCAUGGUGUAGACUUAAACGUCCUGAACUCCAAGUUUUCCUUUGACCUUCUUCCUGGUAAAAGAGCUGCGAGGAGGAACAACAGCCAACGCAAGAUCGAGGUGAUGCAUGAUUACCAAGGCAACCGCAGCUGUCUGUACGGCAGUAAUCCUGAAACAGAUUCAGAGGUGGAAGACAAUCCAGAGCAGGUCACCAGGCAUAUUAUGAAGGAGCUGAUAGCGACAGAGAGGGUCUAUGUGGACGAGCUGCUCUCUGUCCUUCUGGGCUACAGGGCAGAAAUGGAGGACCCAUCCAUGUCUCAUCUUCUUCCCUCCGCUCUGCGCAGCCAGAAGGACGUUCUGUUUGGUAACAUGCCAGAGAUUUACCAGUUCCACAGCAGGAUCUUCCUCGAGGAUCUGCAGAGUUGCCUGGAGACGCCAGAGAGGGUGGGGGCUUGCUUCCUACAUCGGAAGGAGAAGUUCCAGGUGUACGAGCGCUACUGCCAAAACAAGUCUCGCUCCGAGCUGCUGUGGAGACAGUGCUCGGACUCCCCCUUCUUUCAGGAGUGCCAGAAGAAGCUGGAGCACAAGCUGGGCUUGGACUCUUACCUCCUGAAACCAGUCCAACGCCUCGCCAAGUACCAGCUGCUACUCAAGGAGCUGCUGAGGCACCGUGCGGAGGAGCGGUACCGCUGCGAGCUGCAGGACGCUCUGGACUCCAUGCUGGAGCUGCUGAAGUCCGUCAACGACUCCAUGCAUCAGAUAGCCAUCACUGGAUAUCAGGGCGACCUCAGCCAGCUGGGCCGCGUGGUGCUGCAGGGAGGCUUCAGCGUGUGGAUCAGCCAUAAGAGGGCAGCGGUGAGGAUGAAAGAGCUGGCCCGGUUCAAACCCAUGCAGAGGCAUCUCUUCCUCUACGACCACGCCCUGCUCUUCUGCAAGCGCAGAGACGAGGACAACCACGACCGGACGCCCUUCUACAGCUUCAAAUCCUGCCUCAGAAUGAGUGCGGUGGGAAUCACAGAAAAUGUGAAAGGUGAUUUGAAGAAAUUCGAGAUCUGGUACAAUGGCAGAGAAGUAGUGUACAUAGUUCAGGCUCCCACAGUGGAGGUCAAAGUUGCCUGGCUGACGGAGAUCCGAAAGAUUCUCACCAACCAGCAGAAACUGUGUCAAGACGAGGCUCAUCCUCUAUCGCUCUCAGGCAACCCAGUUUCCGACAGUGCAUCAGAGAUGUGUGUGUCGUGGGGCGGAGCGUCGGUGGGAGGCUGCUCAGCGUGUCUCCCUGUUCCUCACAGCUCCUCUGCAACAAGCCACUCCCACAGGCACCGGGGGGAGGAGUCAGCACACACCAGCCCUGCCCACUCUGAGCCCGUGGUUCACUCACCUCGACGCAGUUGGCCUGUCCCUGCCCACUCAGUUGCGAUCUGCGAAGGCCUGGAGGACUGGGCCGCGACUGACCUCUCCAACCUAUCAGACUCAGAGGAGGAGGAUCAGCCUGCUCCACUGGUGGCAGGGAGGUAUAGAGUCAUGGUAGAGAGCAGCAUGGCCAGCACAGAUGACAUCAUAUUUAACAGUGGUGAUGUCAUCCAGCUGCUUCAUGAGGACUCGUCAGGAAUGUGGAUGGUGAGGAAUGUAAGUCGCUGUGAAGAGGGGCGUGUUCUGCCUGAAGACCUGCACAGGAUUUUGGGAGAGACCUGCUGAGAGCCAAUCAGAACAGAGGACAGAUGACGCCUGUGUCCAUUCUCCAACCGCUUGUGUCACUUAUUUGGCUCCCUCCCUCCCUCCCUCUCUCCCUACACACACACACUCACACUCACACAUACACACACAGACACACACACACACACGCUCACAUAUCCCCUUAACAUCUGACUAUGCUGAGACAUUCAUCAUGAGAUUGAAGCACAACAUCAGCCAAAAAAACUUUACAUUUCAAACGUCCGUGUUCACUCACCUCAUAAGACUGUGACAGAGCAAAGGACAUUAAUGGGACCUCACUUUUUCCCCCCGGCAUAAACAUCUAUAUGAACUGGACUGAAGCCAUUGAAGAGGAGGCUUUUAUUCAUACAUACAGGAUUGACUUUAUUGUUACAUCGUUUCUAUUUUCCUAUGAAUUAUCAUAGAAAUCAUGAAUAUGCCUAUCGACAUAUCAUCACUGUUCAUGUGCCAAACAGUUCAACUAAUCAUUGCGGCUUUAUUUUGUACACAGCAACAAUCUCCUUUAUGGAAAAUAGCUUUCACUUCGUCGUUUCAUUAUUUUGAAGGAAUUUGAUUUGUCUUAAUGUCCAACACAGCCAACAACAUCGCUAGAUGGUUUGCAUGCGAUGUCACUGUGCUCAGAAAUCACAGCGGAUACUCCACCUCUUUGUGGCAGAAGCAAACAUUUCAACAUCUGCCAGGUGUGUUCACAUGGAACAAGAAAGAGAAGAAAAUGGAAACACAUCUUGGGAAAAGUAACGAUGUUACAGAUGUUGCAGCAUUUUUGUUGUGCCACUCAGUGAUGUCGGUGAAUGUGGAAAUGUCACCGCAUACCCUCUGUGAAUAUGUUUCCAGCCUGGUGUUUAAAUAUGUCGUGGCAGGAAAAGAAAAAUUAGUAAUUCCGUUGGGUUUUGACUUGCCUUAUGGCUCAGUGGGAAAUGUAAACAGUGCGUCCAGAGACAUUGUCAUUGUCAUCAGAAUGCACAUGUCCUUCUCCUGCUAUGACAAGUGAAAAUGUGUCAGGUGAAAAAAAUAGCGAUGCACUGUGCCUCAGGCCUUUAAGAUGAGCAUUCAGGGUCUGAGGGAAGCACUGCGGUGCUCAUGCAGGCGACAGGGAGACUAAUACAUUGGCCGUCGUCACUGCUGCGUCAGAGGUUGGUGAACUCUGCAGGUUUUUCCAAAAGAGUUAUUUUAAUUGCUUAAUGUUUUUUGGGGCUUUUUUAGUGACUUUCGAUUGGUGCCCAUCAAAAACUCAUCAUCUUCUUCCGCAGCUGUGAUCACCACUGUUGCCAUGGGAUGAGGCAAGCGUUACGUUUCUGCUCUGCAUGGACAAACCACUGCAAAUGCCCCCCUGAUAUUUAUACUGCUAUUUAAGUAGUAACUGUAGUGUAAGAGUAGUGUAGAGAUAGAAUUACCAACUGAACUGUUACAGUUGCACUGUGGAUUACACAAUGAAUUGUUUAUAUUAAAUUUGGGUAGCUGAAUUAAUGGGAAAAAAAAACUUUUAAAUUAGAUUUUUUUAAGAGUUAAAAAUCUUUCAAACUAAGUAUGGAAAUUAUUGAUGAAAACACUGCUUCUUUACCACUAUGUGUGCUGAGGCCAGGAUAAUCCAGUGUAAUUGCUUAGGUUACUGACGGCUUUUGGAGUCAGUAAAUUGUAAAUACAUAGAAAUCUAAAUUUUAGAAGUUGCUUCAUCUUUGGACUAUUUCAAUCUAAUCCUGCUGGUGACAUUUGUUAACCCUAAAACUCACUUUAACACUGAACAAAGGUUCAUUCCACAGUGGGAGCGUCAAAGUCAGCACACGCUGCGUGCUGGACAGUCAAAAUAAGGUCAGUUGUAUGAGACUCAAUAACGAGUCAAAUAUUUUCUUCUGUAACAUCAUAACGUGUUAUUGGGUUUGUCCAGUCAAGCUGUAAUAUGUUUUUUUCAACAGGACCUGUUUGCUGCUGUGGCUCAUGUUGCACUUUCUUGAUAUCCUGAAUCAUCGUGAAAGCCCGUAUAAUAACGCACAAUGUAUAUGAUUAUUUUCAAAAAAUAUAAGCACAGGAUAAUUUGGUUUGAAUCAAACUGACUGAUGUGAUUUCUUUCCCGCUUCAUGUAGUUUGGGUCGUAGCAGGCUUAAGAGCGUCAUAGGGUUGAAGACCGUACACGCCUGUACUUCAGCGACACAGAUUUAUUUUACUAACGUUGCCUGAUGAGACGUUUCUCUCGCGACUAUGACGACAUGUGCCCCCAACCCUGCUGUUAGUUUUGUUGCAUCCAUUGGGGUGGGACAGUUUAUGCCUUAUUAAUAAUAGUGAGGACUGUGAUGUAUUUGAUAGUUCCAUGGCUCUGCCACUGUGUGGAUCAUUGAAUGGGUUAGUGUU